AUGGCCAAUUUUCCGCGACAUCCCUACAGGACUCGAGCCAAUUCAAGGAUCAUGGAAAGCUGGGAGGAGUCGCAAGAAUCCAUCAAAGCCGAAGUUAGCCAGUUGAAAGACCAGGUUGGCCAGAUCUUGGCUGCCCUUGAAUCCUUGAAGACUACUGCAGAGUCUUCGUCUGCACAGAUCGGAGGAAAUGCCCAUUUUUAUCCCCCGUUGUUGAACAUCGCCAGUCAAUCGAUACCUUUCCCGCCAUAUGGGUUACCCCCAGGUUACACUCCUCCCGUAGGAGAGUACUUAGAAACAGAGCAUGCAUCUUUCUCCUUUCCCACAACUGUCAAUGUACCGCCAAUCGGCACUCAGGGACCCGUCUCCGUGUCAGCUCCCAUGGUGAGUGCACGGGUGAACGAAACAAACACAGUUGAAGGAACACGAGUAACUGCAAUGCCGUACGUGGUCGCUAAUCAUGAAUCUUCAGCUAGGGCCGCAUCGCAAACCGCAGUGCAUGGGGGAACCAGUGACCUUGAAGGAGCUAAAGGCAGGCUGGAGAUUCUUGAGGAAAGAUUGAGGGCCAUUGAAUGGGUGGAAAGCUACGGCUUUGGAGAUGUUGCAAGACUAAGCUUGGCCCCUGGUGUGAAAAUACCGCAUAAGUUCAAGGCGCCGAAGUUUGAGAAGUACAAGGGUAGUACAUGCCCUAAAAGCCAUCUGACUAUGUAUUGUAGAAAGAUGGCUGCGUACGCCUAUGAUGACCCGCUACUCAUCCACAUUUUCCAAGACAGUUUGGCUGGGGUGGCGUUAAACUGGUAUACCCAUUUAGAGCCCUCUAGAAUUCGUUGUUGGGCGGAUCUAGCUGACGCUUUUGUGAAACAAUACGUAUACAACACGCAUGUUGCACCGGACCGUCUGCAGUUGCAAAAUAUGGGGAAGAGAGACAAUGAAACUUUCAAGGAAUAUGCCCAACGGUGGAGAGAAUUGGCCGCGCAAGUUGAGCCACCUUUGUUUGACAGAGAGAUGGUGGCAAUGUUUGUAAAUACUCUUCAGCCGCCGUUUUAUGAACAUAUGGUGGGGAAUGUGUCCGUCAAUUUCGCGGAUGUCAUCAUAAUUGGCGAAAGGAUAGAAAUUGGGCUGAAAAACGGGAAAAUUGUGUAUGGCCCGCCCGCAGCUACAAACUACAAAAAACCCGGUUUCAAUCCGGGGAAGAAGAAGGAAGGGGAGGUGCACGCAGCCUCGAUAAUGCCUGCGUGGAGAGGUCAGGCUCCCACUCAUAGUUAUCGACCAUACUUAGGCCAACCCCCCUAUGCAGCUAACACCUCGUUCGAUCAUCAAACUAGGCCACAACAACAACAAGGGUAUUAUCAACCACCGCGAGUCCCAACUGAAGCGUGGAGGGCCGGGGCAAACGCGGGUCCAAAUAUCAAUGCGGGUCAAAACACCAACCCGAGAAGGAAUCAAUUUGUUAAUUUCACCCCCAUCCCUAUGACUUACACGGAGUUGUUGCCUCAACUCGUAAAAAAGGGUUUGGUUGCCAUUUGCCCGAUGAAGCCUGUGCAGCCUCCAUACCCAAGGGGUUAUGAUGCAGAUGCCAAGUGUAAUUACCAUGGAGGAGGCAUUGAUCACUCAAUUGAGCGGUGUGUGGCUUUCAAGUAUAAGUACCUGACGAACGCCAUCGAGGCCGAAAAACAUGAGUUGAUAAGGGAUGUGAGUGAAAUCCAGAGUUCUAGGAGGUUUAUUUUCAAGACGUUGUUGAAAGUAGGCCUAAUAAAAGGUGAUUAUGAUAUGGGUACAUCAUGUGCACUUCAUCCAGAUGCUGGGCACUCUAUUGAAGAGUGUGUUGAAUUAGAAGAUAUUCUACAAGACCUGCUUGACAGAAGUUUGAUGCAAGUAUGUCGCGAGGAUGAAAGGGAAGAGGUGUUUGCACAAACUGGUGGGGAAUCUAACAUAACUCUACCAGAACCGUUGGUGAUCCGUUUCACUAGAACCACUCCUGCACCGAUGACUGAAGAAAAACCGUCUGUGGUUAUCUGUGUCCCAUCCCCCUUUCCUUACAAAAAUGAGAAAGCUGUCCCUUGGAGAUAUGGGGCAUUUGCGUUAGGAGAAGGAAAGGGUGCAGACCCGGCCAUUGAAAACAUAUCAGGCAUCGGGGGAAUGACGAGAAGUGGUCGAAUCUUUACACCACCAGAGCUGACAAGAGAGGGAGCCAACAAUAAGGAAGCAACAAUGGCCGCAAAAGCUAAGGAGUUCUUGAAAGGGAAGGGUGUACAAGAAAAAGAGACCCCUGACGAAGGAGAGAAGAGAGAGAUAUCCGAAGAAGAGGCUUGCGAGUUUUUAAAGUUCAUACAACAGAGCGAGUACAAGGUGGUGGAACAGCUAAACCGCAUGCCUGCUCGGAUCUCCUUGCUAGAACUGCUCAUGCACUCCGCAUCUCACAGAAAGUUGUUAAUGAAGAUACUUAGUGAGGCCCAUGUGGAGCAAGGUAUUUCUCUGAACAAGUUUGAGGGCAUUGUUGGCAAUAUCGUUGCUAAUAAUUACCUCACCUUUACUGAUGAGGAGAUACCUACUGAAGGCAGAGGGCAUAACAAGGCUCUUCACGUCUCUGUGAAAUGCCUGGAUCACGUCAUAGCGCGUGUCUUGGUGGACAAUGGCUCCUCUUUGAACGUCAUGCCAAAGGCCACAUUGGAGAAGCUACCCUGUGAUGGGAUGCAUAUGAUGCCAAGCUCAAUGAUUGUGAGGGCCUUCGACGGCAGCAAGAGAGAAGUGAUGGGAGAAGUAGAACUGCCGGUCCAAGUCGGUCCGUGCGUCUUUCAAAUAACCUUCCAGGUCAUGGAUAUCCUCCCAGCCUAUAGUUGUCUAUUGGGUCGCCCAUGGAUCCAUUCUGCGGGAGUUGUACCUUCCACACUGCACCAGAAACUGAAAUAUGUCAUGGGAGAUAAGCUGGUGAUAGUUUCUGGAGAGGAGGAUCUCCUGGUGAGUGGGCCAUCCUCCGCCCGCUAUAUAGAGGCAGCUGAGGAAGCUCUCGAGACAACUUUCCAAUCCUUGGAGAUUGUAGGAAAUGCCUACGUGGAGCCGUUCCCAGUAAACCCGCAUCUGUCGCGCGUUUCUAUUUUGAUGCCCAAAGUCUUGCUGAAAGAAGGUUGUACGCAUGGUAAAGGUUUAGGCAAGCAUGGGCAGGGGCGAGCUUUCCCUCUGGAGGUCGUUGAGAAUAAGAACAGAUAUGGCCUCGGGUACAAGCCCACCAAAGAGGACAGGAAAAGGCUGAUAGAAGAAAGGAGAGAGCGCAGUUUGGCUCGGAUGGAGAGACGGGAGCCAAAGGCGAGGAAGAUUCGCAUUUGUGAUAUCAAGGAGAGUUUUCGCAGUGCUGGAUGGGUGAACACUAGCCAUGUAGCGGUUGUGGGAGAGGAAGGUGGAUCUGGAAGCUCAAACUUCGUGUGGGCUUGCUCUCCAGACGCGCGGCUCAGCAAUUGGGAGACUUUGGAUUUACCCGUGAUGUUUAAUUCAAAUGAAAUAUAUGACGAUGAAUGUUUUGAAAAUAACAAUGUUGAUAUCCCUAAUUUGGCGUAUCCUGUCGAUGAUACGGAAGAUGAUUAUGAAGAUGGUUCGGAACCCUCUCCAGAACUAAUGAGAUUAGUGGAACAAGAGUCUAAAGAAAUAAAACCCUAUCAGGAAGAUGUCGAAAUACUCAACUUGGGUGAGAAAGACGAGAUAAAAGAAGUCAAGAUCGGCACAACCAUGAAAGAGGAAGUAAGAGAAAGGUUGCGUGUCCUAUUGAAGGAAUUUAAGGACGUGUUUGCUUGGUCGUACAAUGAUAUGCCGGGUUUGGAUACCGAUAUCGUGCAGCAUAAACUCCCUCUUAAGCCGGAAUGCCUCCCGGUCAAACAGAAACUAAGGAGAAUGAAGCCUGAGAUGUCUUUGAAAAUCAAGGAAGAGGUGCAGAAACAAUUUGAUGCAGGAUUUUUGGCUGUGGCGAAAUACCCGCAAUGGGUGGCGAAUAUCGUACCAGUACCCAAGAAAGAUGGUAAAGUUCGAAUGUGCGUUGACUACUGUGAUUUGAAUCGUGCAAGUCCAAAGGACAAUUUCCCACUACCGCACAUCGACACUCUAGUCGAUAAUACAGCCAAGUUUUCGCUAUUUUCAUUCAUGGAUGGUUUCUCAGGAUAUAAUCAGAUCAAAAUGGCGCCAGAAGAUAUGGAAAAGACAACUUUUAUCACGCUGUGGGGAACUUUUUGUUAUAAGGUGAUGUCCUUUGGGCUCAAGAAUGCCGGGGCAACAUAUCAAAGGGCGAUGGUGACACUUUUUCAUGACAUGAUGCACAAGGAAAUCGAAGUUUACGUGGAUGACAUGAUUGCAAAGUCUGAAUCGGAAGAAGAGCACGUUCUCAACUUGAAGAAAUUAUUUGAGAGAUUGAGAAAGUAUAAACUCAGGUUAAACCCCGCCAAAUGCACGUUCGGAGUGAAAUCUGGGAAAUUGUUGGGUUUUGUGGUUAGCCAAAAGGGGAUAGAAGUGGAUCCUGAUAAGGCGCGAGCGAUAAUAGAAAUGCCUGCGCCUAGAACAGAAAAGGAGGUUCGAGGGUUUUUGGGCAGACUGAACUACAUUGCUAGAUUCAUCUCCCAAUUAACCGCUACGUGUGAACCAAUGUUCAAGUUGUUACGAAAGGAUCAAGCUGUAGUUUGGAACGAGGACUGUCAAGCCGCUUUUGAAAAAAUCAAACGAUACCUGCAAGACCCUCCCGUAUUACGUCCACCUGAGCCAGGAAGACCACUUAUUUUGUAUUUGACUGUGUUGGAUAAGUCAAUGGGUUGUGUGUUGGGUCAACACGAUGAAGCUGGGAAGAAAGAGCACGCCAUAUACUACUUGAGCAAGAAAUUCACAGACUGCGAACAAAGAUAUUCGUCGUUAGAACGAACUUGUUGUGCAUUGGCGUGGGCUGCCCAUCGCUUAAGGCAAUACAUGCUGAGUCACUCAACCUGGUUGAUAUCCAAGGUGGACCCUAUCAAGUUCAUUUUUGAAAAGCCUGCUCUUACUGGAAGGAUAGCUCGGUGGCAGAUGCUAUUGUCAGAAUAUGACAUCGUGUAUGUUACUCAGAAAUCCGUCAAGGGUAGUGCGUUAGCAGAGUACCUGGCUCACCAGCCCAUCGGCGAUUAUCAACCAAUGCAACCCGAAUUUCCCGAUGAAGAUAUCAUGGCUCUAUUUGAAGAAGGCAGAAAAAACCGAGACGAAGAAACGUGGGUAUUGUUAUUCGACGGAGCCUCGAAUGUGAUGGGGCAUGGCAUAGGGGCAGUUCUCAUCUCUCCAGAGCAUCAGUACAUACCUAUGACGGCAAGGUUAUGUUUUAAUUGCACAAAUAACAUUGCAGAAUAUGAGGCCUGCGCUAUGGGUAUUCGGGCGGCAAUAGAGUCCAAAGUGAAAAUUCUGGAUGUAUAUGGAGAUUCAGCCUUAGUCGUCCACCAGUUAAAGGGAGAGUGGGAAACUAGGGAUUCAAAAUUAAUUCCUUACCAAGCUUACAUCAGGGGAUUAAUGGAAUAUUUCGACGCCAUCACAUUUAACCACAUACCGCGAGAAGAUAAUCAAUUAGCAGACGCUUUGGCUACUUUGUCAUCAAUGUUUGAAGUUGACCAAGAUGCGGAAUUACCAAUGAUUGAAAUGAAGAGCCAUGCACAGCCAGCAUAUUGCCAUUUCAUCGAAGAGGAGGUAGAUGGUAAACCUUGGUAUUUUGAUAUCAAGCACUAUCUUAAGACCCGAGAAUAUCCUGAGAAGGCAUCUGAAAACGAUAAAAGGUCGUUAAGGAGGUUGGCUGGCAGCUUUAUUUUAAAUGGGGAUAUUUUAUACAAGAGAAAUCAUGACAUGGUUCUCCUCAGAUGCAUGGAUGCAAAGGAAGCCGAGAUGAUACUGAAAGAAGUGCACGAAGGUACCUUUGGCACACAUAUGAACGGGCAUUCAAUGGCCAGGAAGAUCUUGAGAGCUGGUUACUUCUGGUUGACCAUGGAAAAUGAUUGUUGUACACACGUGAGGAAGUGCGAGAAAUGUCAAAUGUAUGCAGACAAUAUCAAUGUGCCGCCCACGACCUUGAACGUGUUGUCUGCGCCGUGGCCAUUUUCGAUGUGGGGGAUAGAUGUUAUUGGAGCUAUAGAGCCAAAAGCGUCAAAUGGACACCGUUUCAUACUAGUCGCGAUCGAUUAUUUCACCAAGUGGGUUGAGGCUGCUUCUUAUGCCAAUGUGACUAGAAAGGUGGUGACCAAAUUCAUAAAAAGAGAGUUGAUCUGCAGAUACGGGUUACCUAACCAGAUUAUCACUGAUAAUGCCACCAACCUGAACAACCAGAUGAUGGCGGAGUUAUGUAAGGAGUUCAAGAUUCAUCAUCUUAAUUCUUCCCCUUACCGUCCAAAGAUGAAUGGGGCAGUAGAGGCUGCUAAUAAGAAUAUCAAGAAAAUUGUGCAAAAGAUGGUAGUCACCUAUAAAGAUUGGCACGAAAUGCUUCCUUUUGCUUUACAUGGAUAUCGUACAUCAGUACGAACGUCAACUGGGGCAACACCUUUCUCGCUUGUGUAUGGCAUGGAAGCAGUACUUCCAUUUGAGGUGGAAAUCCCAUCUCUACGAGUUUUAAUGGAAACCCAAUUGGAGGAAGCUGAGUGGGUUCAAACUCGGUUCGACCAGCUUAAUCUCAUCGAAGAAAAGAGACUAACAGCGGUGUGCCACGGACAAUUGUACCAAAGAAGAAUGAAAAAGGCUUUCGACAAAAAGGUGCGCCCAAGGGAGUUCCACGAAGGCGAACUGGUAUUAAAGAAGAUUUUUCCUAUACAAAAGGAUCACAGAGGCAAGUGGACCCCAAAUUAUGAAGGACCAUUUGUAGUAAAAAGGGCAUUCUCUGGAGGGGCACUAAUCCUCACAAGGAUGGAUGGAGAGGAGUUACCUUUACCGGUUAAUUCUGAUGCAGUAAAAAAGUUUUACGCAUGA